GUUAUAAGAUAAAUCAUUUCCUUGGUCUAUGAUAAAACUAGCUAGGAUUAGGCAAUACAUAAUCAAGGUAAAUAUGCGACGCCAACGAACUAACAAACUAGCCAAUGUAAUUUUUUUAGUCACACAAAAAUGACUGAAAAUCAAGAGCUUGCAACACCAGAAACAGCAUCCAGUUGGUGGAGUUGGUUAAAAUGGAAACCAACAUCUCAAAUAUUACUUGAAUUGGCUGAAAAUCAAAUGUUGCAAGGUGUAAAAAAGACUUUUAAAAGUUACUUUGUCCCGAUAUUCAACCAAAAUGAAAUUAGGACAAUUGAGACGCAAAAUGAAACAGAAAGACUUCCGUUAGUUAUGUUACAUGGUUUUGGUGCAGGAGUUGGGUUUUGGACUUUGAAUUUAGAUGAGUUAUCAAAAGAGCAAAAGGUUUAUGCCAUAGAUCUUCUCGGUUUUGGCAGAAGUUCACGACCAACUUUCCCAAGUGAUGGAGCUGAGGCAGAAACUUUAUUUAUCAAAUCCAUUGAAGAAUGGAGAGAAAAAGUCGGGAUUGAAAAAUUUAUUUUGCUAGGUCACAGUUUUGGUGGGUAUCUUGCAUGUUCAUAUAGUCUUCAACAUCCAGACAGGGUGAAACAUUUAAUCCUUGCUGAUCCAUGGGGUAUACCAGAAAAACCACCCCUUGGUGAGCAGACGUUUGAGAUUCCAAGAUGGGCAAAAGUUGUAGCUGCCAUUUUAAGUCCAUUUAAUCCCCUAGCUGCCGUUCGAGUAGCUGGUCCUUGGGGACCAGCACUAAUAAAUCAAUUUCGGCCUGAUCUAAAGAAGAAAUAUGAACGUGUAUUUGGCAAAGAUGACACCAGAGUGAUGGAUUACAUAUAUCAUUGCAAUGCACAGUCAGCAAGUGGCGAAUGUGCUUUCAAAUCUCUAAGUAUACCUUAUGGAUGGGCAAAAUAUCCUAUGGUUCACCGAGUUCAGGACAUAGACAGAAAUAUACCUAUAACUAUAUUAUUUGGAUCAAGGUCAUGGAUGGAAACCACAUCAGGGUACACAAUUAAGUAUUUAAGACAUGGUUCUUAUGUUGAUGUUCAAAUUAUUAAAGGUGCUGGGCACCAUGUUUAUGCUGAUAAGCCUAGUGAGUUCAAUGCAGUUGUAAAUGGUGUUUGUGAAAAAGUAGAAAAGCAACUAGACAAACCUUACGUGUAUCUGAAUGAUAAGGAUACUUUUAAGACUGAAGCUAUUUCUGAUGAUGAACAACCGCAUAUUUAAAAAUUCUAAAAAAGAAGGAUGAGCCAAAGCUGCAAUCAACAAGGAAAGAUAAGCCACAAUGCAUGAAAUCUGAAUGCAUUAAGCAAAAAGGUACUGUAUGUAAAUAUUAAUAUAAGAAUAUAUAAUUUAAAUCUUAAUUUCAUUUUAUAUCUAUUUUAUAAACUUCAACAAUCAUGGUAAAAGCUUGGAUUAAACUUCCAAAAACGUUUUCAAAUACAUUAUUUAAAUGAAGAAAAUUAAUUUUAGUGGGGUUAGGAGCCUAAAUGUAAAUAAAAUGGUACUUUGGGGAGAUUUUUGAAAUUAACACCUCUAGAUUACUAGAUUCCAUAAAAUCUUUUCAAAUUUCUUCGGCAAUUCCGUAAGAUUUUAGGUAGGUGUGCCAUAGAACAUGGUUUUAAAAGGUUGGGGAAACAAUAUUGUUUCAAACCCCCCCUUCCCUGCUUCAUGCAGAAUUGACUGUGGUACUUCCCAGGAUGUCUUAAACGAUGUUUUUUCAUGUAUUUUUGUUUUAAAUAUUUUAUAUACAUGUGGCUGUUUCUGGCUCCUUAUAUGUUGUGAUUUGUAAAGUUUGUAUAUUGAAGUUUUUGUGCAUACCCAUUUCUACAACUGUUGUUUUUUAUUGUAUUAUUAUUGUAAUGUUACUGUAUGUUGAACUUGUUUUUAUAUAUUGUGGCUGAAUAUCACCAUUUACAUUUUCUCAAAUAAAUUAAAAAUUGAAGGAGAGGAGAUUAGUUAUCAGAAUAAUCGAAAUAAGUAACUUAUUUCCUCAAUUCAAAAAAAGAAUUCUAUUUUUCAGCAAUCAUCACAAUUGGCCAGGUCUAAUUCCCCAAACAAAAGAACAUAUUGAAGGGCUUCUUCGUUAUUUUCUUUUGCAACUCAGAAAAACCAGAACCAGGGUUUCUCAUGUUAAUUUUUUAUUAAUUUGCCACAAUAAAACUAAUGCAUGCUUGAAUUACAGCUAAACGUACAUUCAUCAACCAUGACGUAUUAUUAUUGCAGCAUGGAACUUUUAGUAAGGCUUGAUAAUUAUCUUAGGACUUGAGCUUCGGUAAAUCUAAUUUAAUUAUAAGCAACAUAUAUUUUAUUGAUUAGCUAUAUGUUGAAGUAUUUAUGUGUACUAUAAAAUUUAUUUGUCUCCGUUUAUAAAAAGUUUUUUUUAAAUAUUUUUUUAAAAGUUGACUAGUUGCACCUGUUAUUAUUAUGAACUACAAAUGUAAUAUUCCAAUCCAAACUUUAUUGGCAGUAACUAUAUGAUAAUAUAUUUAUGAAGAAAUAAUUUUGCAAAUGUAUACAUUAUAAAAUUCUUUAAUUCAUGUCAUUGUGUAUUCGAAA